UCCCGGAUAGUGUGUGAUCUAAGGUGAUGAUGAAGUUUAGGGUGUAAAUGUUGCCAGUAAUGUGUUCGACAAAAUGCCGGAAAGAGACGUUGAUGUAUUGGCGUUGACAAUCUUCUGGCUGUAUUGGUCAACAUUGUCGGUAUCAACUUGGGACCGAAGUUAUUCACAAAUAUCUUAAUUUUAAUCCCCCACUUGCAGCAGCAGCAUCUCUCUUCAAAGAUGAAGUGAAAGAAUUGUAAAACAAUCAUAUUCGGGUAGUUGGAAUAUUAAUGAAGAUUCAAACCUUCGUUUUAUGGCUACUGUUAUUUCGAAUAUUUCAUAGUCACUCAUAUGUUGUUGAUGAUGAUGACAACAUGGUUUCACAUAAUAAUGGUGAAAAGAACGUAAUCAACGUCGGUUUGAUUGUCGACAUGGAAUCUUGGGUGGGGAAGGUUAUACAGAGCAGUAUUACAAUGGCUCUGUCAGAAUUUUAUAAUCUCAAUAAUGGGUGCAGUACAAGGAUUGCUCUUCAUGUUAGAGAUUCUUUCAAUUGUACAGAUGCCGCUCUCGACCUUUUGGAGAAUGUUGAAGUGCAUGCAAUCAUGAUUCAGAAAAUACCGAAUGGGGAUUCGUUUUUGCCGAGGUUAGGGGACAGAGUUAAUGUCCCAGUCGUAUCAUUUUCGUCGAUAUCGAAUGAGCAUCCUUGUUUUAUUCAAUUUGCUGAAGAUGAGAAGAAUCAGUUCCAUGGAAUUGCUGUCUUUCUAGAAGAAUUCAAGUGGAGGAGUUUCGUCUUUUUGUACGAGGAUACUGCAGAUGCAAGACAAGCCCAAACAUACGUACACGAUUUGUUACAGGAUUACAAAUUGGCUAUUGCGUAUCAAACCGCCGUUUCUAUUGAGGCGACAGAUGACCAAAUCGUUAACGAGCUUCAUAAGUUUAAUAUGAUGAAAGCUUCAACGAUCUUGGUGCAUUUGUCGCCUUCGCUAGCGACUAAAGUAUUUGUAAAUGCAAAAAAAUUAGGGAUGAUGAGCAAUGGAUUUGUGUGGAUUUUGACUAGUAAGACUACAAAUUCGUUGGAGUACUCCAUGGAUGAUUCUUCAGUUUACGAGUCGAUGCAAGGAGUUGUCGGUUUUCGACCUUACAUCCCGAUAUCAAGCAAGAUCCAAAACUUAACUUUGAGAUGGAGAAGGGAAUUUCAGCCGCACGAAUCAAAUGCGGAAAUGAAGGAGUUGAAUGUGUAUGGUGUAUUCGCAUACGAUGCUGCUUGGGUUUUAGCUGAGGCAGUCGAACGGGUUUCGGCUCGAUUAAAAUCUAAUAGUGGUUCGGCCAUUUUGAGCAAGAUUACAAACAGUAAUUCUACAGGUUUAUUGGGCACAUUUAAGAUUGAAAAUAGGAAAUUAGUUCUCGAUACAUACGAAAUAGUGAAUGUAUUAGGUAAAGGGGAAAGAAGAGUUGGUUUUUGGUCAUCUGCAUACGGACUUACAAAGGAAAUAAGUAAUUCUUCAUCGGGCAUUCUAGAAACCAUUAUCUGGCCGGGAUUCGACUCAACGGCUCCGAAAAAACGUUGGCUGUUACAAAAGAGUGGAAAAAGCUUUCGAGUUGGAAUUCCAACAAACGGAAGGUUCCCGGAAUUGGUGAGCUUGUAUCACGAUCCAAAGAAUAAUGAAACAACUUUGAGCGGAUUCUGUAUAGAAGUAUUUCGAGCUGCUGUUGACAGGUUACCGUAUAAGGUAUCUUUCGAGUAUAUUCCUUUCGACAAUCAAUAUGGGAGUUAUAACAACCUCGUACGUGAGGUCUAUCUACAGAACUUCGAUGCUGCAGUGGGGGAUAUAACUAUAGUCUCAAACAGGUCCGAAUACGUUGACUUCACUUUGCCUUAUACGGAGUUAGGUGUUGGGGUUGUCGUCAGAUUGAACAAAGACUCGUGGUUCUUCUUAAAGCCACUCAAGGCAGAUCUUUGGAUAACGAUUGGCUGUUUCUUUUUUCUGAUUGGAUUUGUCGUUUGGCUUAUCGAACAUCGUAUUAACGAAGAAUUCCAAGGUCCUCCAGCUCGGCAAAUCGGAACCGCAAUGGGGUUUGCUGCUUCGACUUUCGUUUAUGCUCAUCGCGAAAAGUUACAGAGCAACGUAUCGAAAUUUGUUGUGGGAGUCUGGUUAUUCGUAGUCCUGAUUCUGACGUCAUGUUACAUCGCAAAGUUAACUUCCCUUUUAACAGUCGAACAGAUUAAGUUGUCGAAAAGUGAUUACAUCGGUUACUCAGGUAGCUCUUUCAUACAAGGGAUUACCGUGAGCAAUCUCAAUUUCAACGACAACAGGCUCAAGCCUUAUAGUUCUCCCCCCCCCCCCCCCAGGGUAAGUUUGGAAAUGCAACCAAACAUGUUCCCGGCGAAGGCACAGAACCCGACCACCCCCACCCCCGCCGCGGCGGCGGUGGGCCCCACCAGCACCACCGUGGGGAGGGUGAAGACGAGCGUGCACGUGACAGCACUCGACGGGAUAGUGAACGUGAACUCCCUCUUCACCAUGGCAAUCUUCAUCGGUUUCUCCAUGACGGUCCCGCAAGCCGCCACCGCCGCCGCCACGGCGGCGUGCACCACUAGCCCGGAGACAGUCCGGCGGCUGAUCGUGUUCGAGGUGGUCUCGUUCAGCUUCUUCCUGUUCUCGUCCCUCAUAGCACAGAGCCUGAAGCUGGCCAUCAACCUGAUCAACAACAUGGAUCCGGGCGACCCGCACAAGGCGGAUAUCGACCCGGAUGCCCUCAAAUACGGGCUGUUCGCGUCGGCGGUCGGGUCGGUGGCGGGCUGCCUCUUCUUGACCCUGUCGAUAGUGGACUUCAUACAGGUGAAACUCGGGUCGUAUUCGUGUGGCGGGAAACCGGUUUACGGGUUGGUGGUGCUGGUUGUGUUUGUCGGAACUGCGCUUUUGGUAUACGUGACAACCGCUGUGUAUGCUUCCUUCUUCGUUGAAGUUACCAGUAAGGGUAAAACCCAGCAGAAUCAGACCUAG